GCGGCCCCGCGCGACGUCUCACUGACAGCAAACAGCUGCUCCAUCGGGUCCGAUGGAGUGCGCGGGGUCCGGUGCGGCGGAGAAGAUCCGCAGGAGGCGCCGCCUGGUCGCCUGCGCGGUGGCGGUCCUGGUGGCGGUGUGCGUCGUGGUCGCCGUGGCGGUGCCUCUGUCGCUGCGGCGCGAUACGCGCACGUUUAAGGACACGUUCGUGGCGAGGUGCGAGGGCUUCAAAGGAUACGACUGUGAGAAGAUCUGGGGCGUGUUUGAGCAGGCCUACGUGGGACGGGACCCUUGUGACGUUCCCGUGGGCGCCUACGGGCCUCUGCUCGUCGCCGUGCCCUUCCCGCCCGCGUGCAACCGGAUGAUGUUCUGGAGCAAAACGAAGGACGUGGUCCAUGACUUCACUGAGAAGAGAGACUGCUUCGUGACGGUGGAGGACACCCUGCUGGGGUCGGUGCUGGACGGGCAGACCUGGUGCGGAAAGGAGGGCAGCAGCGAAACGUUCACUACCGACUGCCCAGGAUGGACCCAAUGCGAGAACAACACCGUCCGCUCCUUCUGGACCGGAGCCUCCGCCGCUUUUGCAGAAGCCGCCUGCGGCGACGCCACGGUGAUGCUCAACGGGACCCUCGCCACGCCAUUCAGUUCUUCAAGUGUGUUUGCGAGCAUCGAGGUGCCGCGGUUCCGCUCCCCCAAGGUGAAAAGCCUGAAGGUGGUCCUGGUCACACAGAAGAACUCGGCGACAAACUGUGGCAACGAGUCUCUGAAGGACUUGCAGAAGCAGCUGGAUCGAGGAAUUACGUACGACUGCACCGAAGUGCCUGAGGCUCAGAUCCUCGACUGCAGCUCCCACCCAGAGAAGCCCUGCGGAGCCUGUUGGUGAACUAAACACCAGAUUAAAACAAGGCGCCAUAACAACCAGUAAAAAAUGAAGCGAUGUGCCGGAAAUUAUUUUUGUACCCAGGCCAGUUUGACUUAUUGUGAAAUGUUUUGUACCCCUCUUACCUUUUGUAUAACAUGAAAAAACUUUUUUUUUUUUUUACAUUUUGUUACUAAAUCUGAAGAGUUGCCUGGUGAAUGAACAUUAAAAAUGUCUUUUAAUAAAAUGUUGCAAUGCAAUCAUGUAAAA